UCUUUUGCAACCAAGCAGAUAGUGCCUAUUCUGACCUUUGUGAGCAUCGAUCGGAGCCAAAACGCAAAUAUUUACAGUAUAAAGGCACAGGCUGCAGAUUAUUGUUCAUAUCCAACAACAUAUGCCCUACAGUUUGAACGCUCUAAGGAGAAAUUAGUGUUUGCAUUUAAAUCACACUUUAGGAAAAUAAAAGCACCAUAGCCAUUAUAAGCUAAUAACAAGGUUGUAUUAUCAUAACUCAAUUAUUUGACAGAUUAUUUAUAAAGAUGGAUGUAGCUCUAUGGCUGCAGCUGGUGGUUGCUCAGUUAACUGAAGGGUAAACUGCCUCCCCUGUGGCUGCUGCCAAAGUCAGUGGUGUCUGUAGGUUUGCAAAGAUUUGAUUCACUCCAUUCUUUGUACCUUUGACACUAGACAUUUUACCUUGUUGAUUUUAGACUAAAACGGCCACAUACCAAACUAUAAUCAUUUCCCUUUGAGACUACUCAACUACAUUUACUUCCUGUUAAGUAUUUGUAGGCCUAAACGACAGUAAAACUGUAUUCAGUAUGCUUUUCGUCAGAAAAAAAAGUCAAACACAGUAGAUACAAAUUUUUUCUUGAAUGUUGAGGAUUGUGGGUUUUUUUUACAAGAACUGAUGCCACUUAAAUAUAAAAGCAACCCUCUUUACUGUGGUCAGGUUUCACUAACGGCUGAGGAUUAAAUACAUUUUUCCUAUGGAAUACAGGAAAAGCUAAAUUAUGCUACAUACAUUUUUGCCUUUGAAACAAAAAAGAUUGUUGUACCUGAAACUACUGUAUGUCAUUCACAAAAACUGUCUGCAACCUCGAUUCCCAGGAGAUGUUAGAAAAGCACCAGGAGUGUCUAAAGACGCAGAGGGAAGCAGUCAAAUACCGGCUGAAAAAACUGGCAGCACGUCAGUUAGAAAUCACAAAAAAGUCCUCAGUGAUAAAGGAGAGCAUUGUAAGGAAAUACCAGGAGUUCCAAGCCAUCCUGGACGCGGACUUGAAGUUGACCCUGUCCCACCUGGAGAUGGAGGAACGGGCUGCAGUGUCUGCUCUGGAGGGACAUAUGGAGAAGAACUGGUCUCUUAUCCAGUCCAUUGAGCAGGACCUGGUCAGACUCACUGUGGCAAUAGACCAGAUUGUCAAAGAACGUAAUGUGAUGUCUUGCUUUUCUUACUUUGAGCUGCAAGACAUGGAGAGAGGUGACAGAGUCAUCGAAGUUCUGAGCAAGACAGACCCAAGCUGUGUGAGACUGGAUGAGGCUAAAGCUGAACAGAUUCUCCAUCUCACCAACAACAUGCAUCAGUUCAUCUGCUCACAGACGCCUAUAAUAAAGAAACUCAUCAAGAGCUAUUCCAGUGAAGUUUGUCUGGAUCAGGAAACCGCACAUCCAAGGCUGGUCAUUUCAAACAAAUGUGACAGCGCCACCUACACCGAGACAUGGCAGCAGCAUGAGGACAACCCCAAACGCUUCGACACCACCCUUAAUGUCAUCAGUUUGCAAGCCUUCAGCUUUGGUCGCCAUUACUGGGAAAUAGAUGUGACUGGGAAGACUUACUGGGAGCUGGGUGUAACUUACCCCACUAUUCCUCGUAAGGGUUCCACUGAGGAUUGCUGGCUCGGCCGAGGAGAGGAGUCUUGGUGUGUGGAGUUCUUUGAAGGGGAAUAUACAGCGUGGCAUGGAGGAGUUCCCCAUCAACUACCUUUCACAGAGUGUUUCUGUCAGAUUGGGGUUCUUUGUAGUUUCCCUGCAGGGUUGGUGACGUUCCUGGAGGCAGAGCAAAUGACUCCGCUGUUUUCAUUCUGUGCAGGAACCUUUACAGACUGCCUGCAUUUGGCACUGUGUCCUGGUCAUGACCAUGGUGGAACCAAUGCUAAGCCUAUGGUAAUCUGCAAUGUUGCAUCUCCUACUAACGAUAAUGCAUCACAACUCAAUUAGCUAAUUAGCAAAAGUGUGGACUCGAGUCACAUGACCUUGACUCGAGUUAGACUCAUGUCAUGACUUUGGACUCAACUUGACAAAGAGUGAAAAGACUUGCAAGUGGACUUGGACUUUAUCAUCAGUUACUUGUGAUUUUACUUGAUCUUGAGUGUUUUGACUUAAAAAGACUUUUCUGCGGCUGUAUAGACACUUGAAAUGAAAGAAUGAAUCAAUGCGGUGGGGCAUAGUGGUUCCAUAAUGUUGUGUUCGCAUGCCUGCCUUGGAAGCAGAGAUGUUUUUAAAAUGGUUUACUUGAUUGGAAACAAGACGAACAUAGUGGAGUGGAGUGUAGUGGUUAGCAUGUAUGCGUUGGACUCAGAAAGCAGAUGAUCUUCACAUCUUAACAAAAAGUCAUGCUAAAUUUUUAUUUUUUCGAGAAAUUGUGAAAAAAAGCUUGUUUUGCAGCACUUCAAUUUAAGGAGAAACAUGCAGACAUCCAUCCAUCCAUCCAUUUUCAUCCGCUUAUCCGCUUAUCCGUCGCGGGGGCAGCAGUCGCCACCCAAAUCACACUGCACCGUACCAACUCCCCA